AAUGGCUUAUUCGGAGCAACAAGGAGCUGUCCCCUGUGGUUUCCUCCGUCAGAAUUCUGGCAACUCCAUUUCCUUGGACUUUGAGCCCAACACAGAGUACCAGUUUGUGGAGCAGUUGGAAGAGCGCUACAAAUGUGCCUUCUGCCACUCGGUGCUUCACAACCCCCACCAGACGGGCUGUGGGCACCGCUUCUGCCAGCACUGCAUCCUGUCCCUGAGAGAAUUAAAUGCAGUGCCAAUCUGCCCUGUAGAUAAGGAGGUUAUCAAAUCUCAGGAGGUAUUUAAAGACAAUUGCUGCAAAAGGGAAGUCCUCAAUUUAUAUGUAUAUUGCAAAAAUUCUCCUGGAUGUAAUGCCAAGAUUAUUCUGGGAAGAUACCAGGAGCACCUUCAGCAGUGCUUAUUUCAAGACGUGCAGUGUCCUAAUGAGAACUGUCAGGAACCAGUCCUACGGAAAGAUCUGAAAGAGCAUUCAAGUGCAUAUUGUCAAUUUCGAGAGGAAAAAUGCCUUUAUUGCAAAAAGGAUGUGGUGGUAAUCAAUCUACAGAAUCAUGAGGAAAACUUGUGUCCUGAGUAUCCCAUAUCUUGUCCCAACAAGUGUUUGCAGAUUUUUCCAAGAACUGAGGUGAAUGAACACCUUGCUGUGUGUCCUGAAGCCGAACGAGACUGUCCUUUUAAGCAGUAUGGCUGUACUGUAAAGGACAAGCGGGGGAAUCUGAAAGAACAUGAGCAUUCAGCCUUGCGGGACCACAUGCUUCUGGUUUUAGAAAAGAACCACCAGUUAGAAGAACAGAUUUCUGACUUAUAUAAGAGCCUAGAACGGAAAGAAAGUAAAAUCCAGCAGCUAGCAGAAACUAUAAAUAAAUUUGAAAAGGAGUUCAAGCAAUUUGCACAGUUGUUUAGCAAAAAUGGAAGCUUCCUCUCAAACAUCCAGGUUCUUGCGAGUCACAUUGACAAGUCUGCUUGGCUAGAAGCUCAAGUGCAUCAGUUAUUCCAAAUGGUUAACCAGCAGCAAAAUAAAUUUGACCUGAGGUCUUUAGUGGAAGCAAUUGAUACAGUGAAACAGAAAAUUACCCUGCUAGAAACCAAUGAUCAAAGAUUAGUUGUUUUAGAAGGGGAGACUAACAAACAUGAUGCCCACAUUAAUAUUCAUAAAGCACAGCUGAAUAAAAAUGAAGAGCGAUUUAAACUGCUAGAGGGUGCCUGUUAUAAUGGAAAGCUCAUUUGGAAGGUGACAGAUUACCAGAUGAAGAAGAGGGAGGCAGUGGAUGGGCACACGGUGUCCAUCUUCAGCCAGCCCUUCUACACCAGCCGCUGUGGCUACCGGCUCUGUGCUAGAGCGUACCUGAAUGGGGAUGGGUCUGGGAAGGGGACACACCUAUCCCUGUAUUUUGUGGUGAUGCGAGGAGAGUUUGACUCGCUGUUGCAGUGGCCAUUCAGGCAGAGGGUGACCCUGAUGCUUUUGGACCAGAGUGGCAAAAAGAACCACAUUAUGGAGACCUUCAAGGCUGACCCCAAUAGCAGCAGCUUUAAACGACCUGAUGGAGAGAUGAACAUUGCAUCCGGCUGUCCCCGCUUUGUGGCUCAUUCCACUUUGGAGAAUACCAAGAACACCUACAUUAAAGAUGACACCCUGUUUUUGAAAGUGGCUGUCGAUUUAACUGACCUGGAGGAUCUCUAGUCACUGUUUAUGAGGUGAUAAGAGAACUUCUUGUAUCCAGAACCACAGAGAACACAUUUGAUUAUCAAACUGACCUGGAUUUAGAC